AUUUGGAAAUAGCAUUUGAGUUGAAGCUUUAUAGUAGCUUUUUUAAACUCAAGAGUAAUCUAUUAUCUUUAAUUUAGUUUUAUUCUGUCCAUUAAGAAUGUUGAUGUAUUUAAUUUGAUAUCAGCGUUUCUCUUAAUGUUCACCCAAUAAAUUUUUUAUUAUAGGCUAGGCUACUGUUCAUAGGACUAUUUCAUAGAAAUACCGGUAAGCCUAGAGCCUAACGUAUUCUUAAAUUCAAAUAAGAUAGUAUUCUAAGAUCCAUUGAAAAUGCUCCAAUCAAAUCAGGAAAAAUGUGAUGUGUUCCAACUUGAAUCAACAAGAUUAGAUAAGUCAGCAUCCAGAGUUGAAUGCCUACAUUUGUCAAUGCUUGGAAACCAUGAAAUCACUUAUGCAGAUGAAUAAACUUGGGCAAGUGAGUGUUGUCAUCUUGAAUAGAGAUUCUGUUCCUAUAGAAAAAUUUGUUUUCCGCUUUCAGUCACGUAAGGAUCUUUAUAAUCCAAGAAGUGAUGCUGCUAUGAAUAAGGCUUACUCAGUUCUGAGGUCUCUGAUAAUGAGAAUGUCUUCAACCAUUGCCAGUUUGAAGAAACUGCCUGAAAAUAGUAGUUUCAUGAUUGAGGUUCACACUACUGAAAGUGCCAUGAUUGAAGUGCAGCAAGCCAAAGUUCAACAGGAUUUUCCAUGGAUUGAAGCUGAAUCAAAAGAAGUUGUUCUUUCAAACCCAACUAUUCUACCAAUCAAGAACAUUAAUGAAACUGGAGUCAUGCAAAUGGAAGUAUUUAUUGAAGAAAACAUUUAACGCGUUUUCAAAGAUCUGGCUGAGAAGCUAUAUUAAUGUUAGGUCACAACUCGAUUCAUCCAAUUUUUAAUGGAUAUAGCCUACUCUACUUUCUGAACGGCAACAGAACUCUAAAUCUUGUCAUUGAUAGAAUUCUAUAUCUCCAAACUCGAAUUACCUCGGACUCUUUGAAUCUCUUUUGAAUGAUUUGAAGACUUUAUAUAAACCAAUUUGACUUGAAUGUAAAAAAGUACUUUCAUUAUUUUAUAGGCAUAGUAUUAGAAUGUUUCUUGUUCUAAAGUUCAGCAUAAGAGGAUGAUGAUACAUCAUAGAAAGAGUGGUUAUAUUUAAUUGGUUAAAAGUUGGUUAUAUUUAAUUAGAAUAGAAACUACCGUAUAUUAAUUACAAUAAAUUUGUAUUAUAUUCCAAUGAAUGUGAUGAUUAUUGGUAAAUUGGUGCUAAUAUAUUUUUUAUUUGUUAUGCAAAUCAAAUUUCAACACUGUGUGUUGAUUCGAAUACCUUUUAUAGCGAUUAAAUAAAUGUAAGUUGAAUCAAA